GUUGCCAGGGUAACCCUGACCCACUGAAGCCAGCCAUGGCCUCCGGGCAUGAAGAGAGCUGGGGUCAUCUCCCACCACAGAGCGCAGCCCCGACGCCCUGGAUGACCGUCCUGCAGCCACUCCCGUGGGCGGUCCCACCUCCGCCCGCGCAGCCGGGCCGCGUGAAAGAAGGCCUCCUGGAGCUGAUGAUGCUGCAGAACGCGCAGAUGCACCAGCUGCUGCUGGGCCGCCUUGCCGCAGAGGCGGUGGACCCUGGGCCUACCGCGCAGGUCUACCUGGGGGGCACCCAAGAGGUGUAUGCGGAGGAGGAAGAGAUGCAAGCCCAGGACCGAGGGCCUUUGGUGUUCCACCACCACUACCUACCCUGCCCUGUGCCCACCCUGGGCCCCCUGCUGCCCUGGCCAGCCCCAUUCCUCUCUCCACCCCUCCACCAGCCCCACUUGCAGGACAUGUCCAGGAUUGAGCACCGCCCUCCUGCCUUCGAGAAAAGGGGGGUGAGAGCGGUGCCCCCGCCCCCGCCCCCCAGUGCCACAGGAACUGUGGGUGCAGAUGUACCCCCGGCUUCAGGUAGGGACAUGGUGGUUGGGCAGUGGGACCCAGGCCUAGGGAUGGAUGGGUCAGGAGGCCAGGAGGGCCUUGUUGCCUGGGGCAUGGGUGUCCCCACUGUCACCACUGCAGGCAAUUGGCCUCUCCUUCCUUUUGACUCCCUGGGGUCCGCUGAGAUGGAAGGGAGUCAAGAUGAGGGUGCUGUCUUCCUCAGACUACUAUGAUGCCGAGAACCUUCCGUGAGGAAAAAUGUUGGCCCUGGGACCUACGGCAGCUUCACCGCAGGGCUAGAAACAGCCCCAGAGCCACCAAGCGCCCCUCUAGUGCCCGCCAACUCUGCACCCAGGCCUGGCAGU